CACACAGACACACAUGUAAACUGUCACUCCAAUAUAACAACAAUUUUAAUAAUUUAAUUUGUCUUGAAUUAAAUCAUGUCGAAAAUUAUAAAAAUUGAUGGUAGUCUAGGUGAAGGGGGAGGUCAAGUAUUGAGAAUUGCUUUGAGUUUAAGUGCACUAUAUAAAAUACCAAUUGAAAUUGAAAAUAUCAGAGCUGGUCGUCCAAAACCAGGCUUAGCAGCACAACAUUUAAAAGGUGUUGAAAUUGCACGGGAUAUGUGUAAUGCAAUUGUCAAAGGAGCAUAUAUUGGAUCAACUCGUUUGGAAUUUAAUCCUGACAUUGACAACAUCAACAAGACAAAAAUUAAAAAACGUCAAUUUACAGCAGACACAGAAACUGCUGGUUGUAUUGGUCUGCUAGCUCAAGUUGCAUUACCAAUUGCAUUAUUUUAUUCUUCAAAUGAUGAUAAUGAUGAUGGACCAAUAAAUUUAAUAUUAAAAGGAGGCACUAAUGUACCAAUGGGUCCACAUGUCGAGUAUUUAACACAAGUUUUUAGACCAUGGUUAAAUAAAUUUGGUGGUGAUUUUGAUUUAACUGUUGUAAAACGUGGAUAUUAUCCAAAAGGAGGUGGACAAAUUCACAUGAAAAUAAAUCCAAUAAGUCAUUUAAAGCCUAUAAAUGUCAUUGAUUGUGGUGAUAUUGAUGGUAUAUCAGGAUGGUCAUAUGUUGCUGGUUCAAUUCAAUUAAAUGAAGCCUACAAAAUGGCUGAUACUGCUAAAAAAUCAUUGUCAAUGCAGCUGCGAGAUAAUGAUGUACCAGUACCACCAAUAAAUAUUGAAGAAUAUCGAGAAGAUAGAGGUAUGGCUGUUGGUAAUGGAUCUGGUAUCAAUAUCGUUUGUAAAACAAAUACUGGAUGUGUUUAUGGAGGCUCUGGACUGGGUUCAUUAAAACGAGGUAAUGGUAAAGAUCCAGCUCAAGAAGCUGUUGAACAUAUUAUCAAACCAAUUCUCAAUCAUUCUUGUGUUGAUGAUUUUAUGCAAGAUCAGCUCAUUAUACUGAUGGCUUUGGCUAAUGGCCACUCGAGAGUAUCAAUUGGUCAUGGAAAAUUGACACAGCACACUGAAACAGCUGUUAAAAUUGCUGAAAUAAUGUUAAAAAAUCGUGGAUAUGAAUUUAGCCUAAAAGAAGAAGAAAAUAAUUCUGUUAAUACUGGAAAAUUUUAUGUCAUGGAAUGUAAAGGAGUUGGCUUAAUUUAAAACUCCUUUUUUUUUUUUUUUUUCAAUUUGUUAAUCAUUGUUUUUUAUCC